CACUGCAGUGCCCCAGUGGAGGGAAGGUUGGCAGCCCGAGCGGGAGUGCGGGCUGCGUCCCGGGAGCCUUUGCGGUACAAAAAGGACCGUGCAGCCCAGCAGGACCAGACCAGACUUGACCAAAGCGGCCUAGAUUAGAUGAGAUUGCAGCGGACGGGACGAGUUUAGGCACCGGCUUCUCCCCGGGAGUUAGUUGCAGGGCAGCCCUCGCGCCUCCCUCCACCUCGUGCCUCGCACCCGCCUGCCCAUCCCGGGCCAAGGCCGAGCCCGUCCACCGCCUCCUCCCUGCAAACGGCCGAGCCGGAGGGCGCCGAAGGAGCCCUCCCAAAAAGUUGUUGCAGCGGCGGCCCCUCGACCAUCGCAGCCCCACAUCUUGGGGCAGGGCCAGCCCGGCCGCGGGGGGUGGGAGAGGCUCCCCGAAGGGGGAAAGGGGAGGCCAACUUGAGCCCCCUCCCAGCCCGCACACCGCCUCCUCCCUGCGCGUCCCCGCCGGGAUUGCCCACCGGGGGGCUCGGAGAAGGCCGGCGGCUCCCCCAUGGGGCGCGGGCCCCCCCGGUCCACCCACCCACCCCGGUCCGCCCAGGGCCCAGAGGCCGCCCCGAGGAGCUCAGGUCGCUGAAGCGGGGAGGGGGGUCCGCCCAAAGACCCGCAGCCCGGCUCGGCCUUCUCCAAGCGGCUUCAAAAGCGGCUUCUCCAAGCUGCAGCAGCGUCGGAAGGACUGCUCCUAACCAAGCGAUGAUGAAGACAGCGUCCAGUGGGAGCUGCGCGCUCAGCGUGCCGGCCAAAAACUCCUACCGCAUGGUCGUUCUGGGGGCCUCGCGCGUCGGCAAGAGCUCCAUCGUCUCGCGCUUCCUGAACGGCCGCUUUGAAGACCAGUACACCCCCACCAUCGAGGACUUCCACCGCAAGGUCUACAACAUCCGGGGAGACAUGUACCAGCUGGAUAUCCUGGACACGUCCGGGAACCACCCCUUCCCAGCCAUGAGGCGGCUGUCCAUCCUGACAGGUGACGUCUUCGUCCUGGUGUUCAGCCUGGACAACCGGGAGUCAUUUGACGAGGUCAAGCGGCUGCAGAAGCAGAUCCUGGAGGUCAAGUCCUGCCUGAAGAACAAGACCAAGGAGACAGCCGAUCUGCCCAUGGUCAUCUGCGGCAACAAGAGCGACCACGGGGAGCUGUUCCGCCAGGUGCGGGCCGACGAGGCCGAGCGGCUGGCCUCGGGGGACGAGAACUGCGCCUACUUCGAGGUGUCCGCCAAGAAGAACACCAACGUGGACGAGAUGUUCUACGUGCUGUUCAGCAUGGCCAAGCUGCCCCACGAGAUGAGCCCGGCCCUGCACCGCAAGAUCUCCGUCCAGUACGGCGACGCCUUCCACCCCAAGCCCUUCUGCAUGCGCCGGGUCAAGGAGAUGGACGCCUACGGGAUGAUCUCGCCGUUCGCCCGCCGGCCCAGCGUCAACAGCGACCUCAAGUACAUCAAGGCCAAGGUGCUGAGGGAGGGCCAGGCUCGCGAGCGGGAGAAGUGCAGCCUUCAGUGAGUGGGAGCCGGCUCCCCCGCCCGCGGCGGACGGGCAGUGCCUUAAGGGAGAUGGACCUGGGCCACCCCCCCGCCCCCGUCCGAGGGACUGGUCCCCGAGCCCGUGGUCACAGCCGCCAAGUUUUGUAAAUAAGCCCGGGGGCUCGGUGGAGGCGGCCCCGGAAACCCCCGGUUUCUCUGCCUCGUCCUUUCCGUGGGCCGCUCCGGAAACUAACCUCCGGCUGUCUCUCCUCUGUGCUGAAGGAUGCCGCUCUGCGGAAGAGGAAGGGGAGACAGGGCAGGAGAUUGCCAGGACGGUGCCCUAGGGCAGAGCGGCUUCGCUUCUGAAGACCCCCCCCACAGCCCUGCCCCUGCACCCAUGAGAACGGAGACCCCAGAACGUGACUUUCUUUAGGACGUUUUUCCAGGGGAGGGAUGACCCAGAGGGUCUCGGGCACUCUGGGGCUGAAAGGCUCGGCUCUGCUCCUGGAGCCGGGCUUGACUCUACUGUGGGAGCCUGCGUUGUGACGUUGGUUUCUCCUCGCCCACCCCCAUACCAAGUCGAGCCAGUGGCAUUUGUGUGUUUGAAGUGGAGUGUCAACUACAGAAGCGCUCUCGUCUUUUGAAGCCGCCCGUUUUCUAGGUUGUUAGCAUCGUUGACCUUAUUAUUGUUCGUAUUUUGUUUCCUUGAACACGUCAGUCGUUGGAGUUGAAAUCGUGGUACUGUAAAAGCCCAGCCCGCCCUCCCUGGCCAGCCAGCUGGCCAGUUCCCCAACUGCUGAAUCCUGGCCUCUCCCCCUUCCCCAGGCCUUAGGAUCCAAUCUCUCACCUUCCCCCCUCAUUCUCCCUGUCCCCUUCCCACUCCAUUUCCCUCUGGCUUCCCCCUGGCCCUGACUCAAAACUCAGAGUGGGGUAGGGCUCUGGGCAAGACACUGGCUUAGAGCCAGAAUCUGGGAUCAGAGGGCGCUGAUGGACCUGUGAUCUGGGGUAAGCCCUUUUGCUGAUCUGAGCCAGUUUCCCCUCUAUAAAACAAAGCCACUGACCCUACAAGCCUCUCCACCUUGUCCUUCCUUCAAAUUCAUCCCCACAAGCAACCCAAGUUCCCCCAGCAAUACUGAACUGUUGGGACAGAAGGCACCCAGAAUCUCCACUUUUAACCAGCUUGGCCCUUGGAGUCACCAAUUCUCUAGUUCGGCACCUCUUUCCCCAACUCCUCCCAACUCAGCCCCCCACCCCAGCUCCUUGCUCCUGCCCAUCCCUCUCAGCAUCUUGCAGAUGGUGUGCUGGACUUCUGUUCUCUAGGACAUGGUGGGCAGCCCCUCUCGUUAGCAGGCUAGUCCAGGCCGUGUGCACACCAGCCAUGCAUCCUUCCCAGUUCCACUCCCGUGCGCAGGUUUGUAGUGUGAACGUAAUAGGCCCUGAAGGCCACCCGGUUCUCCAACGGACCCGGCCCACCCCCCUCCUCCCCUCACCGAACUGCGGGGUGCCCCUCAUCUGAGCCUCGCCACAUACUGUACAGAGAUGAGAAGAUCUGGUCUUGUUUUAGAAAUCUGGUGCCAUGGAUACAUCCUGUUGCUCUCUUCCUGUAUAAAUAUGGGUACUGUACAAUUAAAGCAGAUUUAUUUAUAAGCC